AUUUGCGUUACUACUUCAAUUCUCCUCACUACAAGAUGACACGGAGUGGUGCCACAAAUCAUCGUGGAGGAGGAUCCACAUUUGUAGGCGGAUUUGGUAAUGUUGGGCCACUUGCUGGCGGAAGGUUACUCGGUGGACGUGCGCCUGCUGGCGCAGUAGAAGACAUAGAACGGUUGCAUGCGAUAGACACACGCGCGUUUCAUCCUACGGAACGGGUGCGCAGCCGCGAGGGUGCAUUAGGUCUCGGAGAUGAUGACCGUACUACUAGAAGUGGAAGAACAUCAGGUUCUAAGGCAGGAGGUUCUUUAGUAGAAUCGUUCCGUCAUCCCCACGCACCACGAGAACCACUGUCACGACCGAGAGUGUCUCCGAGUCUUCGAACUAGGCUGCGAGGCGUUUUCCAAGACGAGGAGGAAGCAGAGGAGGCUGAAAGAUUGGCGCCGGGUGGGAGAGGCAGGCGUUUUGGAGGUUUAUGGUUUUAGACUGAAACUCUAACUCUGUACUCCUCACAAAAAACUGCUCCAGCGUGGUAAAAAGAGAUCACACUAUGCACUCACCAACAUUCAGAAAUCUUCUAACAGGAGCUACUUCAGCAGCCCUGAGCGAUUGGCGUGUAGGCUACGAAGACCUCGUAUUUCGCGAACGCGCACUCCACAGUCUCUACGGAUCUCAUAGUGGCGCCGCCUCCGGUCUUUCUCGCACUGAGGGGCAAAACAAGUAUCGUUUACCCGACAAACAGCAGCUUCGCGACAAAAUCGAACUAGGACUAGGGAAGAGAGCAGGCGCAUUGACUCUCUCCUCCACCUCAAGGUCCCGAUCUUUGAUCAGUCAGAAUCGAACUGAUUUGCUUCUCGACCGGUUACUAGAACCAGCCACAGCCAUCAGUGGCCGCGGAAGACUCCGACUCGCAGAUGACGAUCAUAGACGAGGGCUAGACAGAGAGCUUCUCGAUGCUGGAGGCACGAUGCGCAGUAGUGGACGGCUGUGGCAUGAGGACCUGAAUCUAAGUGACCCAUGGGCUGUGUCUUUGGUGGCGGGAGGAAAUGGGACCCGCUCAGGAGGAACGAGAAGGAAACUAUGAAAGAACGUGGCUACUCUUCAAGGUGAAACUAUGAAAAAUGUUCGUGGUGUAUCUUCCGAAAAAAUUCCGGUGUGAGCUAUGAAUCUUCAGAUGAUUGUAAUUAGACAAGAUGAAGUAGAAUAGUAAGUAGUAGGGAGCAGUUUCUAUCAUAGUGGGCGGUUUGGGUCGUAGUACCACAAAAAUAUUUAUAAGAAAAACUUCCAAGAAGAAGUACAACCUCAAUUUGUUCUAGGACAGUGUAUAUGCACUAUUCAGUGAAUUCUGAUGCAAUGCUUCCGCAUUUUCGCCAGGUUCUUUUCCUUCUGCUUUUCCUUCUCCUCUCUUCCUUUUCCUUCUGCUUUUCCUCCAUCCUCUUAUACUACCGCUAAUUAAACUUUCCUCCUCUCCGCAUCAACCCAGAACCAGUACCAACGACAUCAAGCCCAUCCACCCUGUUGAGGUCGAGAAUAUGCUAGACGACGUUUUCCCACGAACCACAGCCACUAUGCUCAGAACCGGCGGUUUUCCUCGUGAUUGGAGUAAGGUAACCCGAAACGAGCUAGACAGCCGCGAUCCGACUGGGAGAACAAAAACGGACGGCAAUGUCGACUACCACGCCUAUCGGUACAUGAUGCCUGCACCGUUGCAAAGGGAAGGGACGAAUAAGUUGGCUUCGUCUCUUGCUCUUGGCGGUUAUCGUGAUCCUGAUGCUGGUGGUGCGAUAAGACAAGGAGGUCUUCCUACUUCUGGAGGAUUCUCUGUUCCCCAUCCUGCCUUGGGAAACUUGGAUAGACGUGCCACACCAAUGGAAGUAGCAGCUGUUGAUCGGAGAAACUUGAUUUUAAGGAGAUGAGGUGUGAUGUUUCAGGUUCAUCUCGUUGUAGUUCUUCUAGGCUCAUUUUGAUGCACAGUAGAAACAGAUGGACGAGGAUUAAAAGACAACACGACGAACAAUCGCUAUAGCACAUGAUCAAAAAAGCCUUCUAACCGGCUCCUUCUAACUUCAAAAGAACUCCAUGCUCAAGGGGAAGCAACCGGAGAUUUUGGCCCUUUCUUUUCGCUCGAUACGGCUGAACGAGUCCUCGAGAAGAACAAAGGACGUCAAUCUACUUCGCCUUGGCAGAGGGACCGCCAUUUUUUGUCGUCGCAAUCGAUGAAUUCUCCCGGAACUACUCUCAGCGUCAACAGGAGUAAAAAGUCCCUCCUCAACAUUGAUGAACAAGUAGAGAAUGAAUUCAAGCUGAAUAGCGAAGCACUUGCCUCUCAGCUGGAUGACAUCGAACGCAACGCUAUAUCGGCUUUGAGAAGUAGUGCUAGUAUACAACGAGAUACGAAGCCAAUGUUUACGUACUUCUUCUCAGACGCGAGAACUGGGCAAGAGGUCCUCGUGGGCAGCACGAGUGGUCGUGAGAGGACGCGAGCAGCAGUAGUGGGUGAUAUUGGAACGAGCGAUAGAAGUGCAGGAGCAGCAGGCGGAAAAGCAGAACCAGAUGCAGCGGAAAUGCAACUACAACAUCAAGAACAAGUAGAAGAGAGCGAAAUGAACAUGAUGCAGAGGUGGAACUCUUCAUCAGCAAUACCAAAGCCAGAGCUUUCUGGAGUUCUGUCUACGACGUCCUUUGCAACUGCUAGAUCCUCUUUGGCACCUCCUAUUUUGCCAAGCCAACAAAGCACUUAUGAUCGAUCGCGUUACAACAAGAUGAGUUCACCACAUAUCAUGAAGCUGAAUGAAGAGCGUUUGAAGAGGCGGAACUCUGCUACGGGUCAGAUUGAGGAAACCUAUAGUACUACUACGGGAGCAAAGGCUACAAGUGGGAAGGAUGUGGACAGCACAGGAGAAGUCUCGCUGAGGACUAAAGUCAAUAACAUUGCGGAGGAGGCAGCCAAACUUUGGGAGAGUAGGGAUUGAGGAGAGGGGGUGAAACUGAAAGAACUCGUAUCAUCUAUUCGAAGGGGGAUCAUCAUACAUGAUAAGUCUGAUAUAAGAAGGCGGACAUGUCCUUGCUUGUAUUUGUGGCACGAGCAGAUUUUCGUGUGACACGAGCAGAUUUUGGUAAUAAUGGUUAAUACAAGAAAUAACACGCGACACUUGUUCAAGACCUGUCAACUAUGGACACGAAUGUCUUUCUUUCUUCUUGCAUCUUCAAUUGCAUCCUCGGGUAAGACCGAGAAGGUCAUAAGCGAAAUCCUGUAAAAAGCUGAAAUCCUGUACAGUGCCAGCUGCAGCGUGGCUUUUGGCGAAGACGACUUUUCAUGCCUCACCUAAUUCUCAACUUUGUUCUACUUAGGACAAAACUUAG